CGUCGACCCUUCGCUUCCGCUCCGCGUUCCCACAAUGCAGUGCGGCUGAGCGCCUCCGAGCCCGCGGGGACGCUGCAGGGGGACCCGUGCUGAGGCGGCGGCGGCGGCGGCGGCGACGUGGGCUGCGGCGGGCCCGCGGCGUCGGGCUGUGCGGAUGUCGGGCUGGGCGGACGAGCGCGGCGGCGAGGGCGACGGGCGCAUCUACGUGGGGAACCUUCCGACCGACGUGCGCGAGAAGGACUUGGAGGACCUGUUCUACAAGUACGGCCGCAUCCGCGAGAUCGAGCUCAAGAACCGGCACGGCCUCGUGCCCUUCGCCUUCGUGCGCUUCGAGGACCCCCGAGAUGCUGAGGAUGCAAUUUAUGGAAGGAAUGGUUAUGAUUAUGGCCAGUGUCGGCUUCGUGUGGAGUUCCCCAGGACUUACGGAGGUCGGGGUGGGUGGCCCCGUGGUGGGAGGAAUGGACCUCCUACAAGAAGAUCUGAUUUCCGAGUUCUUGUUUCAGGACUUCCUCCAUCAGGCAGCUGGCAGGACCUGAAGGAUCACAUGCGAGAAGCUGGGGAUGUCUGUUAUGCAGAUGUGCAGAAGGAUGGAAUGGGGAUGGUUGAGUAUCUCAGAAAAGAAGACAUGGAAUAUGCCCUGCGUAAACUGGAUGACACCAAAUUCCGCUCUCAUGAGGGUGAAACUUCCUACAUCCGAGUUUAUCCUCAGAGAAGCACCAGCUAUGGCUACUCACGGUCUCGGUCUGGGUCAAGGGGCCGUGACUCUCCAUACCAAAGCAGGGGUUCCCCACACUACUUCUCUCCUUUCAGGCCCUACUGAGACAGGUGAUGGGAAUUUUUUCUUUAUUUUUUAGGUGAACUGAGCUGCUUUGUGCUCAGACUCUACAUUCCAGAUUGAUGAUUUAGUGUCUUAGGAAAUUUUUUAAAUUUUUUUUUUAAAAGAAAAAAAACUACAUAAUUUCUACCAGGGCCAUAUUAGCAGUGAAAUAUUUUAAACUGCAGAAAUUGUGGUUUUGGUUCAGAAACAAGUUGUAUAUUUUUCACCCCUGAUUAUGGGAAGAAAAUCAGUGCUGUGUCUUUGUGGGUUGCUCUGCUAUGGAGAUCAGCAGUUACUGUGACUGAGUUGGCCCAUUCUGUUUAGAAAUAUAUUUUAAACGUUUAGUAAUUGA